AUAGAAUUCUGUGCCGUGGAAGGAGAGUCAGUGAGGCUCAACGGCGCUCUUCGGCAGGCUUCUCAACUGUCUGUGAUUCCUCCGCUACUUGUGAAGUUGGAAAGGGUUCCAUCAAGUGAUGAUGGCUGAAAAAAGCAAAGAGCUUUCUGUACGCUCUGAAAAGGAAGAGGACCCUGCUGGAGACGCCGUGGAUCCUACAUUACCCCAAAUGGGAAGCAUUGUGACCAUGAUGCCAGUGGGAGAAGAAGAGGGAGAAGUCCACCUUAAGGCCUCAGUCACUGCAAAUGGAGAAGGGGAAGCUGUCAUCCGUGAGGUCCCUCCCAGGGUUGCAGCAGCAGCUGACUGUGGACGUGUGCCCAGUGGGUACCCCGGGAGCCGUGAGAAACUGAAUGCUGAAAUUAAGCGUCAACUAAUGAAGGAAAUUCGACGAUAUGGACGAAAUUAUGGAAGGAUUUUCAAGCUGCUUGAAGAAGUGCAGGGACCUCUGGAAGUCCAGAUUCAGUUUAUUGAGUUCACCAUCAAGGAAGCCGCAAGGUUUAAAAGACGCCACUUGAUUCAAUUCCUUGAGAAGAAACGUGAAGAAAUAUUGUCUCAGAGCUUUCUCUCCAACAAUGAUCCACCAGCUGAUAUGUGAUCCUGUUAUUACUGUGGUCAGGCAGAUGCAGCAAAUAGUUUAGUGUGUUCCAGAGUAGGAGGAGGAUGCUGAAGUCUCCUAACAUGUGUUAGCUAAGAUAACUACGUUUAAGAAAACUAUUCUAAACUACUCUUCAUAAAGAUGGGCUCUCUCCCUGUGCCUUUUGUUUAAAAGCAUAACUUCUUGCUGGUUUGUUGAUUUU